AUGAACGCUCAGCGCACGCGUUUUGAUGCGUGGCGGGGAAUGGUGGCUGCAUUGCAAGUAACCCACGAUAACGCUGCGAUGCCGGUUCCCGCGCAUGGUCGGACUCCGGGACGAGAUCUCUCGUCGCUGGAAUUUGAUUGCUCGCACAUCAAGUGUCGCACCGCUUCAAUUGUGUCUCGCAUUGUGGAUACCCCGGCGGCGCCGGCACUGCUGAAGCCGACGCUGGAGCACAACUGUCGUCCUGCGCUCAUGCGUUAA